GACAUAUUAGUUAUUUCCAAAGGGGAAAAUUUAACGCACUGAAAGUCGACCAGAGUUGAAAGUCGGAGACUUUAACUGAGACACGCUUACGCAACAAUGGUGGCUUCUAUCUUCGACUCUUCGUUGACCCCAUAAACCGAAAAAUACUCUCGAUUACUUUUCCCCUCAAAAUAUCACACAAUCAUUUCCUAAUUUCUUCCUAUCUUGUAAACGGCCCCAAACCCCUUCCACCCUUCUUCAAAUUCCUCUUCAGUUUUGCAUUUGUUACCAGUAACGCUUGAAUUUCUGUGCCAAUUCAUUCAAUUUGUUUGUUCAAGAACGCUCUACGCGAUGGUUUUGAUCAAAGAAUUUCGGAUUGUCAUGCCGUUGUCAUUAGAGGAGUAUCAGGUAGCGCAGAUGUAUAUGGUAACGAAAAUGCAACAGCAGAACACUAACAACACAGAAGGGGUUGAUGUUUUAGAGAGUAGAAACUUUGAAGAUGGUUUAUUUGGAAAGGGAAGAUACACAUCCAAAGUUUAUCGUCUCCAAAGCAAGGCGCCUACGUGGCUUAGUACUUUUGCUCCAACAGAUGCUCUAACAAUGCAAGAGGAAGCUUGGAACGCUUACCCAAAAUGCAAAACAGUAAUUAAGUGUCCAUAUUUCUCAAGUUUUACAUUAACAGUUGAAACCAUUCAUAAAGCGGACAAUGGACACUCAGAAAAUGUUCAUGGUUUAAACAAACAAAAGUUAGGCAAUAGGGAGGUUGAAAUCAUUGAUAUUGCUUCAACAUCAGAUGAUUAUUGGAGUUAUGUAAUUGGUAGUAACAAUGUUGACUUUUCAAAAUUUCAAUCUGCAAGAACGGGUCGUGGGCCCCUCUUACAAGGAUGGCAGGAUGAGUGUAAACCCGUUAUGACAGCAUACAAAUUGGUGACUGUAGAUGCUCCUUAUUGGGGUUUUGGUAGUCGCCUUGAACAAGCUUUAAUUGCGGGUGAAAGGGCAUUGUUUCUUGAAAGCCAUCGUAAUAUUUUUGCUUGGAUAGAUGAAUGGUAUGGCAUGACCAUGAAAAUGAUGCGUGAUGUUGAAAAACAAAGUAUUCCAUUGUAUCACGAGGAGCCUCUUGAGAGCCCGUUCUAGUUCUUAUUAUGAUGAUGCAGGAUAAACAAAGCAAA